AUGCGCGGGCCGAGCAGCAGCGUGCUGGGCGCGCCGCAGCCGGGGGACAGCCUCUUCGGGUCGCUGCUGAAGGUGGGGGCGAGCGGCCUGAAGGAGAAGAGCGGGGACAACGCGGGCGGCGGCGACGGCGAGGCCAGCAGCGGCGCCGCGGAGGGCGGCGACGGGGGCGGCGGCGGCGUGGACGGCGGCGCAGCGGCGCCCGACGCGGGGGCCGAGAGCGAAGAGGACGACUCUCAGCCGCAGCAGCAGCAACAGCAGCAACAGCAGCAGCAGCAACAACUGCAGCAGCAGUCACAGCAGCAGCAGCAACAACAGCGGCGGCUGGCGGCCGCCGCGGCGGCGGCGGUCGCGGCGCUGGGGGAGGAUGGCGGCGGCGAGUAUGGGGACGGCUUUGGCCUCCCGCCGGGCUACCCGCCAAUCGAUGGCGGCGCCGCCGGCCGCCGCGUGCGUCACGUGCCGCGGCAGAGCAGCGCGAUCAACCUCGGGACGCGCGUCGGGCCGGCCGAGGUCAAGCGGCUCUCUGCCGAGGUGGACGCGCUCCGCGCCGACAACAUGCGGCUGGCCGCCGCGCUGCGCAGCAAGUCGGGGGCCGGCGGCGGUGGCGGCGGCGGCGGAGGCGGGGCCGGCAACGGCGACGCCGGCGGCGGCGGCUCGGAUGCGCGCGUGCGGGUGCUGGAGCGGCAGCUUGCGCUGCUGCAGGAGCAGGUGUCAGAGCUGGUGGGCAGCAAGCGGGCGGCGGAGGAAGCCGCCCUGAAGCUGACGUCCGAGCUGACCAGCACGCGCAGCGCGGCGAACCAGCUGGCGCUGGUGGCGCAGAUGGCCGCGCCGUUCAUGGGCGCGGCCGCGGCCGCGGGCGCGCUGCCGCCGGCGUUUGCGGCGGCGCUCGAGCGGAUGGCAGCAGGCGGAGAGGGCGGCGGCGGUGGCGGCGGCGGCGAUGGUGGUCAUGCGGGGGUCAAGCGGCCGAGGGAGGAGUCGGAGGACCCAGGGGACGGCGCCGCGGCCGCAAACGGCGUUGACGGCGACGAAUGGGAGCGCGCCGGGAAGCGGGCCGCGCCGGCGUCGCCGGGCGCGGGCGCGGGCGCGGGCGCGGCGAGCGACGGCGACGAGGGCGGGCGGGAGGGCUCGGGCGAGGCGGGCGGGUCCCCGCUGGGUUAA